CGUUCUAUUCACGCAUUCAUUUCUUUGUUUCCCUCUUUUUCUCACCAUCAGACGUUGAAGCAGAGACAAACCCACCCACAUUGAAGUAAACCCUAAACUACAGCCACCCCUCUCUAUCGAUUUGCCAUCCUAUCAAUCACCACUGCCGUUCACAAACCACGGUUGCGGCUGCGAUUUGGUGGGUUUAUGAUUAUUAUGGGUUUCUGUUUGUGAGCCUAUUUUAUUUCAGUAUACAGGACUCCAAUCGGUUAGGUCGUGAUCAUCCAUUUUAUUUUUCUGAUUAGCCGUUGUUCAUGGAUCAUCAAACAACAACAAGACUUAUCCCGAAGAUCUUCCCGGGCUAUUGUUUAGGUUAUUUAGGUUCAAGGGCUGCUUUUGAGGCUGCUGGUAAGGUCACUUCUAUCCGGUCACAUGUUUGUGUGUUUGACAGCUCAACAAAAGAUGGACAUUAUCGGAUGCUUAGAGGAAGGCAUGUUAAAAACUACAACCAUCAAAGGAAAAAAUACAUGAAUUUGUACACGCUAGAAACCUGUUUACAAAUUUUGAUCAAAAGCCUCCGCUUUAGUAAUCAAAAUCAACAAUAUAAGCAACAAGGAAAUAAUUCUUUUCCUAUUGGGAACAAUGAUUUCAAAUUCUGUCAUGCCUCAAAAUGGGAACAAAAGUAUAAUGGUUCCCAUUAGGAUGCACAAGGGUUCAUUGCACUGAGGUUAAGCAACGCAGCUGAUAUAUCAUGAUCUUCGACUAAGACUUCUACUUUUGAUCCUGAGUAUUUGAUCCAUAAAUAUACAGAUUGAAGACUUUCAAGAUCAGGUGAAAGUUAAAGAUAGAUCACACAUGGAUUACAAUUUAUCAGAGAAAUAUAGCUUAGUUUUGCUCUUUGGUGUUAGACAUUGAAUUUUGAUAUAUUCAUAAAUGGGUAAUGCAUACCAAAUUGAUCUUUGAUA